AUGGAUGGUCAAUCCGAACGCGCGGCCAAUAUGUCCCAUUACAACAGUACGGAGGCGGAGGUAUAUCUGGAGCUUUCGCGCCGAGGUCUGACACCAGCCCAGCUCUGUAUCAUAAUGUUUUAUCGCGAACAGUAUCGCCGGUUAGAGCGGGCAGCAGAUGAACUAGGUGUGGAGCCAGCCACAGUCGACUCCGCCCAAGGAAGAGAAUAA